AAGACAAUGAAAUCCAAAGACCUGGCCACAAAAGAAAUAGACUAGACCAAACCAAGGCGGAAAAGUCCUCUCUAAAGCAAAGCCCAGAGGAGAGAGUUAGCAAAGGGUUAAAAUCCUUUUGAUUGACGUUGUAGCCUCCGGUGCCCCGGGCUCAGGCGCGCGCCAUUGGCCGCCAGACCUUGUGCCUGGCGGCCAAUGGGGGGGCGCAGUCCACGAGCGGUGCCGCGUGUCUCUUCCUCCCAUUGGCUGAAAGUUACUGUGGGAAAGAAAGUUUGGGAAGUUUCACACGAGCCGUUCGCGUGCAGUCCCAGAUAUAUAUAGAGGCCGCCAGGGCCUGCGGAUCACACAGGAUCUGGAGCUGGUGCUGAUAACAGCGGAGUCCCCCGUCUACCUCUCUCCUUGGUCCUGGAAUAGCGCUACCGAUCACUAAGUAGCCCUAAGACAUAAUAACUCCUCAGCUGCUCAGUAGUUUUUCUUAUGAAAGUCAAGUAAAAAGGACAUAAGCGAAAAAAAUUUUUUUGCGCGAAGGAUUCCAAAAAUAAAAUUCUCUGGGGAUUGAGAAGAAAGAAAAAAGCAAGAAAAUGCCAGCUGAUAUAAUGGAGAAAAACUCCUCGUCCCCGGUGGCUGCUACCCCAGCCAGUGUCAACACGACACCGGACAAACCAAAGACCGCCUCUGAGCACAGAAAGUCGUCAAAGCCUAUCAUGGAGAAGAGGCGAAGAGCAAGAAUAAAUGAAAGUCUGAGCCAGCUGAAAACACUGAUUUUGGACGCACUUAAGAAAGAUAGCUCCCGGCAUUCCAAGCUGGAGAAGGCAGACAUUCUGGAAAUGACAGUGAAGCACCUCCGGAACCUGCAGCGGGCGCAGAUGACCGCCGCGCUCAGCACAGACCCGAGCGUGUUGGGGAAGUACCGCGCCGGCUUCAGCGAGUGCAUGAACGAGGUGACCCGCUUCCUGUCCACGUGUGAGGGCGUUAACACCGAGGUGCGCACUCGGCUCCUGGGCCACCUGGCCAACUGCAUGACCCAGAUCAACGCCAUGACCUACCCCGGGCAGCCGCACCCCGCCUUGCAGGCGCCGCCGCCGCCCCCGUCAGGACCAGGCGGCCCCCAGCACUCGCCGUUCGCGCCACCGCCACCGCUUGUGCCCAUCCCCGGGGGCGCGGCGCCCCCUCCCGGCAGCGCACCCUGCAAGUUGGGCAGCCAGGCUGGAGAGGCUGCCAAGGUUUUUGGCGGCUUCCAGGUGGUACCGGCUCCUGACGGCCAAUUUGCCUUCCUCAUCCCCAACGGGGCCUUCGCCCACAGCGGCCCGGUCAUCCCGGUCUACACCAGCAACAGCGGGACCUCGGUCGGUCCUAACGCAGUGUCUCCUUCCAGCGGUUCCUCGCUCACUGCGGACUCCAUGUGGAGGCCGUGGCGGAACUGAGGGGCUCAGGCCACAUCUCACCCUAAACUCCCUAGCCCACCUCUCUCUUGCGACGGACACUAAAAAUGAACUUGGAUAUUGGGAGAGAAGACUUUUAUAAUUUGGUGGUUACUUUGUUGCUUUUUUUUAAUUUCUAAAAAGUUACUUUUUGUAGAGAGCUGUAUUAAGUGACUGACCAUGCACUGCAUUUGUAUAUAUUUUAUAUGUUCAUAUUGGAUUGCGCCUUUGUAUUAUAAAAGUUGAGAUGACAUUUCGUUUUUUACACGAGAUUUCUUUUUUAUGUGAUGCCAAAGAUGUUUGAAAAUGCUCUUAAAAUAUCUUCCUUUGGGGAAGUUUAUUUGAGAAAGUAUAAUAAAAGAGUGAAGGCUUUUA